GUGAAUGUGAAAUUUAGUAAAAAUAAUGUUCCUCUAGUCAGAGUAGUUAGUAAAGCCAAAGAGUGCAUUUCCCCAAAGGACUCAUGGGAUGCGGUAUAUAAGACAAAAAAAAAGUAGGGGAGUAGGAGGCUCUGUGAAACCAAAAUCCUCUAAUAAAAUAUAAUAAAGUAUACAUAUACCUUGCUUUGGGACUUUUCAUCCCUCGUAACGUCUCCAAAUGAAUUCCUCUUUAAAAACCACUAAUUGUGGGGGAGUUUUGAAAAAAUUACAUUUAUGAAUGCAAAAUUUCAGCAAAAACAAACAAUUAUUUAUUACAUAAUAUAGCCUUUUAUCCUUAAAUAACAAAGCAAACUUAACUAUUUCCAACAAGUACUCGCGUUAGCUCUCAACCUUUGCCGGCCAUCGGAGAGGAUGGAGGAUCCGCGCAUGCGCAGUCACUGCGGAGCAUCAUUUUAUGGCGUGAGCGGAGGAGGAGCGGCCCGCGCAUGCGCACCGCGGCAGGAUUGGUUCUGCCCCUCCAUGACAUCCAGCGGGACUGAGCGACUGCUUGCUGCUGCGCUAUCGUCAAAUACAUGAUCCGCUUAAUCCCGCAGCCCUCCUCGAGCUCCUGUACCGCUAGAUAAUAACGCGCUCGAGGCUGACGCACGCAGACGCGCAGACAGCGGCGCUUCGGUGACGGUAAUUGAUCGGGGUUCGUCGAGGAUGAGGCUGAUCGAGACGCGUGCGGAUGGAGAGGAGAAGCGCGAGCUGCCGCCUCCGUUCAGAAACCCGUUCGCGCACGAGCUGAGGUUCACGGCGGCGCAGAAGCUGCAGAUCGGUUUGAUGACUGUGACGCUCUUCCCCAUCCGGCUCUUCAUAGCAGCGUUCAUGAUGCUGCUGGCCUGGCCGUUUGCCUUCAUCGCUUCGGUGGGCCGCUCCGAGACGACGGUGGAGACGCAGUGUUUAUGGAGAAAGCUGGUGGACGUGGUGCUGAGGACCAUCAUGCGGGUCAUGUGGUUUGCCGGCGGUUUCCAUUGGAUCACCAUCAAGGGCAGACAGGCUCUGCCCGCCGAAGCGUCCAUCCUCACCCUCGGUCCACACUCGUCCUACUUUGACGCCAUUCCUGUCACCAUGACCAUGGCGUCGAUCGUGAUGAAAGCGGAGAGCAAAGACAUCCCGGUGUGGGGCACUCUCAUCAAAUACAUCCGGCCCGUGUUCGUGUCGCGGUCGGAUCAGGACUCCAGGCGGAAGACGGUGGAGGAGAUCAAGAGAAGAGCUCAUUCAGGAGGAGAGUGGCCACAGAUAAUGAUCUUUCCAGAAGGGACAUGCACCAAUAGAACCUGCCUGAUCACAUUCAAACCAGGAGCAUUCAUUCCUGCGGUUCCUGUUCAGCCUGUUGUGAUCCGCUACCCAAACAAACUGGACACUAUCACGUGGACGUGGCAGGGACCCGGAGCGUUUAAGAUCCUGUGGUUGACCCUGUGUCAGAUUCACAAUGAGUUCGAGAUCGAGUAUCUGCCCAUUUACUCGCCCUCAGAGGAAGAGAAGAAGAACCCAGCGCUCUUCGCUCACAACGUGCGCCGCUUGAUGGCAAAGGCCCUGCAGGUCCCCGUCACAGACUACUCGUUUGAAGACUGUCAGCUGGCCAUGGCGGAGGGUCAGAUCCGGCUGCCUGUCGACACGUGUCUGCUGGAGUUUGCUAAACUGGUGCGCAGUCUGGGGCUGAAGCGUGUGAACUCAGAGAAGCUCCUGCAGGAUUAUGGGAGGCGAGCUUGUAAACUGCAGGGUCAGAGACUGAGUCUGGAGGAUUUCGCCCAGUUCCUUGAGCUGCCCGUGUCAGGCGAGCUCAGACACAUGUUCGCUCUCUUUGAUGAGAAUGAAGACCGCUCGAUGGACGUCCGGGAGUUUGUGAUUGCCUUCUCUGUGGUGUGUCGACCUGCAAAAACACUGGACACCAUCAGGCUGGCCUUCCAGAUGUUUGAGGCAGAGGAGGACGGUGCGAUCACAGAGAGAGAGCUGAUGUGCAUCUUGAGGACGGCGCUGGGCGUCGGAGAGCUCAAAGUCAGCCGUCUGUUCAGAGCCAUCGAUGAAGAGGACUCGGGCAAAAUCACCUUCGAGAGCUUUAGGGAGUUUGCCGAUCAGCAUCCAGACUUCGCCGAGCAGUACCUCUACUCAGACAACGCAGGCUUCGGCAGCAGCUCCCCGUCCCACGCCGCCAACGGCUUCUGCGCCGACUUUAGCCCCAGAGAGCAGAAGAAGCUCGACUGAGCACCGCUGCGAUGUUUACUUCCUGCUGUCCGUGACAUUUGAUUGGUUCCUUUACGCUUGCUGGUUUUCUCUUCCCCUCAGCAUCACUAUUUCAAAAGCAAAUUGAAGGGAAUUUGUUAUUUGUGUUUUUGUUUUUUGGUCAGAGAAAUACUUGAAAGCCAAGCACUUAUCUCAUUUCUCAUUGGGGGAUUUAUUUGUGUGACUGAUGCUGACCAAUGCAUGUUUUUGUAAUCCGGAUGAAAACAUCCAGUCAGUAAUGAACGCAAGCGGUUUCUUGCGCUCUCAUUCAGUCCCUCGCCCGUCCACGUCUUUUGUUUUCCAUCUUUCAUGACUGUAGAUGCCUUUAUGAAUUCAUAAGUGAGUAUUUGCAUGGGCUCGAUGCUUGAUAACAGUAUUACUCAGUAUUUGAUCUGAUCGUUGAGCGCCAGUGACGGAUAUCUGAACUCUGUCUCCUCCUGCUGGACGGAGGUGAGCAUCAGGUUCGAGGUGCAAAAUACGACUGGAUUAAGUGCUGGUCUGAAUCAGAAUGAGCCAGUUUUAUUAUAUUAUUAUAUCUCCUUAUUCCUUAAUAUUUUGUCCCUUCGCUCAGGGGAAAGUGGCUAACGGUGUUUGUUUUGGGUGUGUGCGCGUGUGUGUUAUUUCUUUUUUCAUCCUUUUGUACAGUCAGUUGCACAUUUAUGAAUUUUGUAUGUCCAAUAAUCAUUUCAUGAUCACAUGGCAAUCGGCUGGGUUUUUCUUUUUCUUUUUUAUUUGUAUUUUUUGUAUUUUUUUGGGGGGGGGGGGGGGGUAAUUUUCAGGUACUGAAAUAAACUGCUAAAAUCUUGCAUUGAUAUGGACCAAAUACAGAAUAAUGACUGUGGUGUAGUUAGAGAGUUAGGAAUCUGAUCAAUGUUAUUCAUUAGAUAUAGUCCAUAACGGAGCGUUUACCUUUUGAUAAACAUAUUCCUGUAUUUUUCUAUUUUUCACUCUCAGAGGCAAGUGAAAAAUUGACUUCAAGUCCAAUAAUUUGGCCAAUACUAGUGGCUUAUUCUAAUAUUAUAGUAAAUUUUUAUCUGCAUUCUAUGUCAAGUAAAGUCUUCCUUCAUUUGAGCUUCGGUGUCGUCACGCAAACAAUCAGAGUCUGACUGAUGUCACAUUGAAUCCCUGAUGAACGGUGUUUUCUGCUUUAACACACACCUGAGGGAAUAAAUCUACUGCCUGAUGUGAUUGAAAACAUUUAUUGAAUCACAUUUUUUUAUUUCUUUUCAUUUGAACCACACAAUGAGGCCGAAGUUAAGCGAAAUGCAGUUAUUUUACUUAAAUGUGACUUACCACAAAGAUUUCAAAAGUUGUUUUGCUAAAAGAUACUGUUAUUAUUCAUAAAUUUUAUACGAUUUGUUUAUGGUUGAUGAUGUGAAGAUGCAGGUUUGAUCAGUUUAGUCUCCACAACAUUUCACCAACACCUCAGACUUCUGCGUUUAUUACAAUCUGAGAUGUGAUUCGCUCUUUACCUUCUAGUGAAAUCUGUUAGACCCUCGAAAGGACUCCACCAUCAGUUCUCAAUUCAACUCACAUUUUUGACAAAGCAAUAUUUCAUCGACGUCACCACCUUUUUAAGAACGAUUUCUGAUAUGUAUUUUGAAUAUUCCGAGUGCUGGGCAUUUUGUGAAUUUUGAUAUACAUAAAAGAAUUUUCUCUCACUGCCAUGACAAAUUUGUGAUCUAAAGUGUUAUUUUCAGAUUGACCUUGUUAGCUAGUAUGAUUAGCUUCUGUCUUUCUACACGUUCUGUGAUGUUUUCCUCGCUGAUGGCGCUAUGUAUGUAAUUAUGGUUACUUUUUUCUUUUUUCUUUUUUUUUUCCUUCCCUAAACAAUACAGAUUUCACAAAGAUUAUUGUUGGCCUUGAAUUUCGAUGUCAUUUUAAUGAGGAAAAGAGAAUGUAUUGACAAUCCAUCACAAUCAGCGGUCAAAAGCGCAUCAUAUUUCAGUGGCGAUAGUCUCAAACAGGAAGCAGUGAGUGGCGGAUCUGGAGCCUGAUGUACAGGGUCUCUGUGCUCAUGACGGCUCCGGUCUCAGUCCAUGCUUUUUCUCCCUCUUUCUAAAUUUGAUGCAUAAUUACUCGUGCUGGCACUUUAGAUUUUGAAGCUUUCUUUUCAUGAAUCCUCUGACGAAUGUGAUGGUUUGCUGGUGUUCAUGUGACCGGUUUCUGAAUUACUGUGAUCAGUUACCGUGUUACAGUGAAUGGUUACUAUGUAACAUGUUACCGUAAUCAGUUACUGUGUUACAGUGAUCUGUUUUUCUGUUUUACAGUAAUUGGUUACUAUUUCACUUGUUACAGUGAUCGGUUUCUUUGUUACAGUUAACUGUUACCGUAAUAAGUUACUGUUACAGUGAUCAGUCACCGUGUUGCAGUGAUUGUAACUAGGUUACAGUGACCGGUUUAUGUGUUACAGUGGCUUUGUUUUGAUAUGUACCCAUACAGAUGAUACUGUAUUGCACAGAAAGGGAUUGUGGGUUUGCUCUGGGUCUGAUGGGGUUGCAGUUCUUGGACAUUAAACUAGUUCAUUCUUAUCUGAUGGGAAUCAUUGUCUUUGUGUUGUAAAGAAGUGAAUCUCAUGAAACCUGUCAAGAACAUGUUUGUUUUUACCCUAAAAACCUUCACCAUGAAGAACACAAAGGCUAUUUUUCAGACAAUUAAGGUUUUCUUUUUUUUUUUUUUUGCUUGUUUGUUUGGUUUUUCAUAAACACAUUCACCCCAAAUUCAUAUUAUCAUAAUGAAGCAAAGUGUUAUUUCUGUGAAGAAAAUAAAAUGCAAUGCGGUUUUCAAUUAAACAAUCCUUUUAUCGGUGUUUUAAAUUAGACUAAUUAGAAUAUCAAAGCAAAAGAGUCAAAUGUGUGUUAAAUUGUCAUGAAAAUGUCAUAUCAAAGUAUCUCAGUUGUUUCAUUUGUUUCAGUGGCCGGAAUAUUAUUGAAUGUAAUAAUCAGAAAUAUGUGCUCUGAGCAAACCUUAGUCUCCUUUCUCACAAUCAGAAGCAGUGAUUUAAGAUGGAAAGAGUUUUGUUUUGCAUUGUUUUCAUCAGUUUUGUAAUAUAAUGAAACGAGGACCCAGCAUCUCUCUGGUGUGAUCCUUUUUUUCUUCUCAGCGUAGACUUUAUUUGAAAUACCUCACAGAAGACCUGCUCUGCUCUGUGUUCGUAAGGGUUCCUGUAUUUAUUUCUCUGGUGUUUGUGGCGCAUGUCUAACACUGAGCUGAAGAAGAAAGGCUGAACUCCUCCAGGUCGUGUGUCUUUCUGAUGGCUCUUCUGGCACUCGUCCGGCUGAAGUAGAUCUUAGCUCUGUUUUCUAUUUUGCCCUGACUUUUAUUUUGUAAUGUAUCAAAAGAGUCAUUUUUACAAGAUUCCUGGGCUUGUCUGUUUUGACUGCUAUGAAAUGACUUCUCAUUCUGACUCUUCAAUAAAAAAGGGACACUUGACGACA